AUGUCGGACGAGGAUUCACAGACACAGAAGAAGGUGUUUGACGCGGAAACGGCGUCGUCGCUGGUGAAGGAGUUGAGGAAGAACUUUGGUUCGGGAAAGACGCGGAGUUAUGAAUGGAGAGUUUCGCAGGUGAAGGCUCUCUUGAAAGCGAUGACUGAUAACGAAGAGGAAAUCGUCGAUGCUCUUCGUUCAGACCUAGCCAAGCCUUCACUCGAAACCGUCGUGUACGAGAUUGGAGUGAUUAAAAGCUCGUGUGAAGGGAUACUGAAGGAAUUGAAGCAUUGGAUGACGCCAGAAAAGGUCAAAACAUCAAUCAGAACUUAUCCUUCUUCAGCUGAAAUAGUACCUGAACCGCUGGGUGUUGUGUUAGUCAUCUCUCCAUGGAACUAUCCAAUGUUGUUGGCCCUUGAUCCAGUCCUCGGAGCUAUAGCAGCUGGUAAUGCUGUGGUUCUAAAGCCAUCAGAAAUUGCUCCAGCCACAUCAUCACUCCUAGAAAAAUUGAUAGAGAAGUAUAUGGAUCAAUCAAUUGUAAGAGUUGUCCAGGGGGCAGUCCAUGAAACAACUGCCCUAUUGCAGCAAAAGUGGGACAAAAUUUUCUACACAGGUAAUGGAAAAGUUGGAAGAAUAGUGAUGACUGCUGCUGCAAAACACCUUACACCAGUUUUGCUGGAGCUUGGAGGAAAAUCUCCCGUUGUCGUUGAUUCAAAUAUCAACUUGAAGGUAGCAGCAAGACGAAUAAUUUCUGGCAAGUGGGGAUUGAACAAUGGACAAUCUUGCAUUUCUCCCGAUUAUGUUAUAACAACAAAAGACUAUGCCCCUAAGUUGGUGGAUGCCCUAAAGACUGAAUUGCAGGAGUUUUACGGUAAGAAUCCGUUGGAAUCAGAAGAUUUGUCACGAAUUGUGAGUUACAACCACUUUGCUCGUUUGUCAAAGCUCUUGAGUGAUGAUAAGGUUUCUGGGAAGAUUGUUUAUGGAGGUGAAAAAGAUGAAAAUAAACUAAGGAUUGCUCCCACUAUUCUAUUGGAUGUUCCGCGAGAUUCUCUGAUAAUGGGUGAGGAGAUAUUCGGUCCAUUGCUUCCCAUCAUCACGGUCAAUGAACUUGAAGAAAGUCUAGAUGUAAUCAACUCAGGAGACAAGGCCCUUGCUGCAUAUAUAUUUACAACUGACAAGAAGUUCAAGGAGCAGUUCGUAAAGAAUGUUUCCGCUGGGGGUUUGCUUGUCAAUGACACUUCCGUACAUGUUGUGGUUGAUACUUUGCCAUUUGGGGGAGUUGGAGAGAGUGGAAUGGGAGCAUACCAUGGCAAGUUCUCCUUUGAUGCUUUUACACACAAAAAGGCUGUUCUUUAUCGCAGUUUUGCGGGUGAUUCGUCGUCAAGGUACCCACCGUACACGGAUACAAAGCAAAGAUUGAUGAAGGCUCUCAUCGCUGGUAGCUUCCUUGGCAUACUUCGUGCUCUUUUUGGAUGGUCCUAA